CUAUAAAUUGGAGAUUAACAUUAAAGUAUCUAUCUACUAUCUAGUAGUAAGUUAGAGAAAGAGCAAGAAAAUGGAGAGAGAAAAGAGAGCACAUAUUGUAGCUAUUCCUUAUCCAAGCCAAGGCCACAUUAAUCCCAUGCUUCAAUUCUGCAAACGCCUUGUCUCCAAAGGUCUCAAAACCACUCUCGCCAUCACCACCUUCAUUUCCAACUCCAUGAAACCCGUCUCCGACGCCGUCGGGAUCGACAUCAUCUCCGACGGCUGCGACGACGCCGGUUUCCUCCAGGCCGACAGCGUCCCCGACUACCUAAACCGCUUCCAAGUCGCCGGCUCCAAGACCCUCGCCGACCUCAUCGAAAGGUACAAAAACUCCGAUUCUCCGGUCGAUUGCGUUAUAUACGACUCGUUCAUGCCUUGGGCUCUGGACGUGGCCAAGAGCCAUGGCCUCUUCGCCGGCUGCUUUUUCACCCAAGCUUGCGCCGUGAACUACGUGUAUUACUGCGCGCACCAUGGGAUACUGCAGCUGCCGGUGACUUCGCCGCCGGUGAGGAUUCCCGGGCUGCCGGCGCUGGAGCUCCGCGACAUGCCGUCGUUCAUCUACGUCCAUGGAUCUUAUCCGGCGUAUUUUGAGUUGGUGCUUCACCAGUUCUUGAAUGUGGAGAAAGCCGAUUGCGUUUUCGUUAACUCAUUCUACAAGCUGGAGGCUCAGGUAGUGGAUACGAUGUCGAAAAUGAGUCCAGUAAUUCCAAUUGGACCGACAGUCCCAUCGUUAUACUUAGACAACCGAGUCAAAAACGACAGCGAAUAUGGCAUUAACCUCUACCACAUGGACCCAACAAAAAGCAUUGAUUGGCUAAACACAAAACCUGAAGGCUCAGUCAUCUACGUGGCAUUUGGGAGCAUGGCAUCCGUUGACCAAAAACAAAUGGAAGAGCUUGCAUGGGGCUUCAAGAACACCAACACUUACUUCCUAUGGGUAGUUAGGGACUCCGAGCUACCAAAGUUGCCGGAGAAUUUCCUCGGCGACGAUGAUAAGGCCUUGAUCGUGAACUGGAGCCCUCAGCUUAAAGUGCUGGCCAGCAAGGCCGUGGGGUGUUUCUUUACUCACGGCGGGUGGAACUCGACGAUCGAGGCGCUCAGCCUCGGGGUGCCCAUGGUGGCGAUGCCGCAGUGGACCGACCAGACGAUGAAUGCGAAAUUGAUUGUGGAUGUGUGGAAGGUUGGGAAGAGGGUUAGGGUUGGUGAGGAUGGGGUUGUGAGUAGGGGAGAAAUAGAGGGGUGUGUUAGGGAGGUUUUGGAAGGGAAAGAAAUGAAGGAAAAUGCAAUGAAAUGGAGUCAUUUGGCUAAGGAGGCAGUGAGUGAAGGUGGGACUUCUGACAAAGUUAUUGAUGAAUUUGUGUCCACAUUGACUACAUCAUCAUUAUCCCAUGUUUGAUCAUUAUGGUUUUUGUCACACUAUUAGGAUACAAUUAAACUCAUGUAUGUUGUAAACAGGCAUAUAUGCUUUCUAGUUGUGUAACCAAAUGGUAUGAAUAAAAUGUCUUAUUGCCAUAAGUUCAAAACA